AUGGUUUCUGACAAGAAUCAUUUCUCCGAGACUGAUUCUCUCCCUCUUUCUGGUAUUGUUUACUUUUCGUCCAUUCCAACUGGCAUGAAUGUUGCAAUGCUGACACAAGAACUUCGACACUUUGGACCAAUUAAUCGCGUUUACCUCGUUCCAAAGAGGACGUCGCGUGACAAGGCGCAGCGUCAGUAUUCAGAAGGUUGGGUGGAGUUCAUCAAGCGUAAAAACGCGAGAAAUGCUGCAAGAGCCCUAAAUUGUUUGGAAGUUCCUGGAGGAAAGAGGAAACCCUGGUUUGGCGAAUUGUGGAAUGUACGAUUUCUUCCUAAAGUGACUUGGAAUGAACUCUUUGCAAUAGAGCGUCAGAAUGCGGAACGUAGAAGGAUUCAGAAGGACCGCGAUAUCAUAACUGCCAAGAAGCAGGCUCGGCUUUUCAAAAAUAGUAUGGUUUCGUACAAACUAGAGGCGAGGUUGAGGACAUUGAAGAAGGGAAGAUUUAAGGAAAGAAAUCCCCUUGAUUUGGCCGCUUUGCAAAAGCCUACUGAAGCGGAUAUUCUAGAUCGUUUGGCUCGAUCCAGUCGUACGCCUCCUGAAGGUACUGAAAAUUUCUCCGCCCUAAGUGACAAAAACUUUAUGAAAAGUCUAUUUUCCGGUGGAGUAUAA